AUGUGGUUGUCGAUCAUCUGCCUAACCUUGUACAUCUCUGUCUCGUCUGCAGGCGAUGACUUCGAUCCUCCACCUGGAGGCUUCCGUCCCUUUGGCCCAGGCUAUACUAACGGCGCAUACCCUCAAGAUUUUGCCCUUAUCGGUCCACCAUUGGAGGCGGUACACGAUAGCCAGAAGCCCCCCACUGGUCUAGCUGUUGAUAGUGCUCAGAAGCUAUAUCUUACCUAUCCUCGCAACGCCGGUCAGACUCCAAACAACGUUGUUGUAUGCACGUCGUACAAUGAGGAGCAGCCUUGGCCGAAUUCUGCCAUGCAAAACUGUGCCUCUGGUCAGGAUCCGAGCACCUGUUUCAUCAAUGUGCAGAACAUAGUUCACGACGAUCGCGGCCGACUAUGGGUAGUCGAUAGCGGUAUCCCUUACAAUGCGACCCCAACUACAGAUGCCAUCUAUGGAGGAGCGAAGAUUAUAAGCUUCAAUGAGACCACAGCGGAGCCACUACGGACUUAUAUAAUACCUCGGGAUUUGUUAUCGCACAGGAUGAAUAUGAAUGACAUGCGCGUAAAUACUUCCUUGGGAGGUAGAGAAGGAUAUGUAUUCAUCACAGACGCCAGUAGAAACAGCUCUCUAUUGACAGUGGACCUUGAGAACGGCAACACACUGCGCAGAUUAUUCAACACGAGUGUUGUGCGAGCUGAUGAGCAUUACGUCGGAACAUAUAACGGCAAGCUCAUAUACAGUUGGAAUGGCACGCGAAAGGGGCACUUGACAACUGCUGCAGACGGUAUAGCACUGGCAUCGGGUAACUUUUACUGGGGUGUUCUUGCGUCACGUCGCUUCUACUACGUCUCUCAGGGAAUGUUGGUAGACAAGAAUAAGUCGGACGACGAAGUCCUGGCCGCUGUGCAGGAUCCAGGGCAAUGCGGCUCCGAGCAAGCUGGCUUCUCAGCCGAUAAUCAAGGCCGUGUCUAUAUCGCAGCGAGCGAGCAGAACGCCAUCUAUUAUGUCGAUACUCUCGAGUCGCAGGUCAACAUGGCUGUCAACGGCAAGGAACCCGGUGUCGCUGGCUCGUUACCUGCAGAAGAACACGUCGUGAAGACAUUAGUCAGAAAUGCUAUGAUCCAGCAUGCUGAUUCGAUGGCGAUCAUGGAUGGUUGGCUCUACUUCAACACGAAUCAGCUGGCACUGGGUCCGAGUCUUCAGUACAACAACACUGACAAAAGGCGAGGUCCGUUUCGCAGCUUCAGAGUAUGGAUUGGAAGAGGACCAGCAGUAUGA